UCAUUAAUAAAACGAAAAAGAAAAUUAUUUUAACAUUAAAUAUUUUAGUUUUUAUUUUAUUUUUAAAUUUAUUGUAAAUAAUGGCCGAUGCUGUAUUUUCUGUUUUUGGGGCACUUAGUGGGUGUAUUGGAUGUAUGGUUUGUGUUGAAUCAUUAGCCAAACAAGCUCCUUCUGCAAUGAAUUUGCUCACAUUUGCUACUUUUUUAUUUAUCAGCAUUGAGGGUCUAAUAUUUACUACUCGAUUUUUUACAGUCAAAAACAAAAUCUCUUUAAGAGGUUAUUUGCCAGUUGUUCUUGCCUUUUUUGCCUGUAAUGUAAUUAACAACCAAGCAUUAAAUUUUCAUGUUCCCGUUCCUUUACACAUUAUUUUUCGUUCUGGAUCUUUAUUAACCUCUUUAUUAAUGAAUCGGAUUUUACUUGGAAGGAAAUAUUCAAUUAGUAAAUAUGCUUCUGUUUUUGCAAUUACUAUUGGUAUUUGUUUGUGUACAUUAGCUACUGCUGGACUUGAAAAGAAAGCAGAUUCUUUAUUGCCCCGUCAACAAGCAGACAAACAUUACCGUGAAUGGCUUAUAGGAAUUUUUAUGUUAACUGCAGCCUUGUUGAUAUCUUCCCUUUUAGCUAUAUGUCAAGAAAGAAUGUAUAGAAUUUAUGGAAAACAUCCAAGAGAAGCUAUGUUUUAUACGCAUGCUGUCUCCUUACCAUUUUUUGCAUUUAUGGGAAAUGAUAUAGCAGCAAGUGCAGAAAAAUUUUCUUUGGGUCCAAAACCAGAAUUUUUUGGUUUUCUAUUGCCAAUAUCAACUCUUUGGUUACAAUUAUUGGCAGUUGCCUUUCUUCAAUGGUUUUGUAUUAUGUUUGUUUAUAGAUUAAAUGCUUCUAUUGAUUCUCUUUCUGUUACACUUGUUGUUACUUUACGCAAAUUUCUAUCCCUUUUAAUUUCAAUAUUUUGGUUUGGAAAUUUAUUUACUCCAGCACAUUGGUUAGGUGCUACACUUGUUUUUGGGGGAACAUUAAUAUUUGCUGAUGUUCCUAGUAAAAUAAUUUUAUUAAUUUCUGAAAAAGGAAAAACAGAAGAAAAGAAAAUUAAAUAA